AGGAGGAGUUUCGUGGUUUCGUGUGUCGCGUCUGGUCUCAAAACAGGACGGAGACAGCGCUGUGUAACUGUAUUUCCCUUUCCACUCGUGGUUAUUUUGUGUUGUUCUCAACAAAUAUGAGCCAAAGUAGCACUGCAGCGGGACGACCAGCGGUUCAAGAUAAGGUCGACAUGUCGUUGGAUGACAUCAUUCGGCUGAACAGAAGGGAGCAACAGCUGAGAAGGAAACAGACCACCGUGAGCCGCAGACCAGUUAAGAAGAAAAAACAGCUGCUGCAGAGAAAAGGACUUUCAGCUCGGGCUGCUGGACCAGUCCAGAGAGGAGGUGGCACACACUGGGGAGGAGCACCUAAAUUAAGAAACCGAAGGAUCCCGCCCCUGCUGGGUCUGCGGCGGGGUCAGGGGGUUAUCACAGGGCUGGCAGCCAGGAGGCCAGCUGCCCUGCUCAAACGUGUCAGCACACUCAACAGAGCAGCAAUAAACCAGAAAACAAGACAAAAACCAAGGCCUUUCAUUCAAAGCGCCGAAGCCCCGUACAGGAAGCCGGAGUUUCAGAGGCGGCAGUACGGGCAGCCUGAUCCACAGAGAGUCCAGAAUCAAACACCAGUCAGGAGGCCUUUUCAGCUGCGACGGGGACCACUGCCUCCCAUCCAGCAGACUCGACGGGACACGCGUCAGGCCACAUUUCUUUUCCGCAGGGGACUUAAGGUACAAGCGCAGGUGCAAAAGCCAGUCGCUCUCUCUCCUCCAGUCAGAACUCGCCAAUGGCGCACAUCGACAGCCAGCAGUGGAAUCUUGACUGUUUCAAUUGACAACCCCAUGGCCAGGACUCAGCCUGAGCCUCCGUCUGCCUGGACACUUCACCCCCCUGCUGUCAGCUCUGCUCCUGUCAAGGUGGAAACAGUGGAGAAGAAAAUCCCAAAAGGAGUUCCUCUGCAGUUUGACAUUAACAGUGUAGGAAAACCUCAAACAUCGAUGACUUUGAACGAGCGGUUCCGCAUCCUCAAAGAUCGCCGCACCACCAUGGCACAAAACGGUAAAGGCAGCCGCUUUGUUACCGUGGGUUAGCGGGCGAAAAGACUUUGCGUGUACUGGGAGGUCCUUUGUCCCGUUCAGACACACACACAGCAGCACCUUUCUGACGGAUGGGCGUGGUGCAGAUGUUCAUGUUUUUAACUGAACAGAGCACAAGCCUGGGGUCAAACGAGCCGAUGAACUCAAAUGUGCAAGUGUCAAAAGAGCAGUUGGUUUAAAUUUAGUUCCCAUUUAUUGUCUCGAUCAUUGUAUGCAGUUUGUUUUGUGGAUGUCCUACACUGGGACAGAAAGAGAUUUUGUCUCCCUCUGGGCUUGAAACUGUUGACACCACACGAAGAAGACCGUUUUGUUUUGUUUUUCCUUUUCAGAGUACUGCUGUGUAUUUGCUUGAGUGGCACGUAUGUUCUCAGAAUCUUUUUUUGAGAAUUGUUUUGUAAUGUUUCUUUAAAUAAAAGCGUUUCACUGUAAAAAGACGA